AUGCCAGAUAUUUGACCUCUGCAGGCUACAGAUAUCCAUCAUUUUACUUCGAGAUACCGGCUCUUUGAUUGUUCCACUGGCUGCUGUCUCUGCAGGCUAAACCGCACUAUGCAGAGGAGUCCCCACUCAGCUAGAGCUGUUCAACAGCAUCACAUGAGUAAAGCUGGGUCGUCUAAUAGUUUUCAGGCCCUAGGAUGCCACGAACAGCUGGAUCCCAAGGACAGCCAGGACUCUGAGGACCCCAGAGAAUACUGUUACGGUGGGUACCACCCUGUUCAAAUAGGUGACACAUUCAACAGAAGAUACAAGGUGGUUUCUAAGCUUGGCUGGGGCUAUUUCUCCACUGUGUGGCUCUGUCUGGACCUCAGGCUGGGUCGGCGCGUUGCCGUGAAGGUGCUGAAGAGCGGAGCAGGCUUCACCGAGGCAGGACAGGAUGAACUGGCUCUCCUACGAUGUGCCAGUGGUCCUUCGAGCCGUCAUCCCGCCAGUCAAAGGAUUGUUCAGCUGCUAGAUGAGUUCAAGCUGGCCGGGGUCAACGGGGUCCACAUAUGCCUAGUGCUGGAGCUGCUGGGGCCUGACCUGAGGAGCUGGCAGCUAUGUUUUGGAAAUCCAGGACUGCCGCAGCCAUGGGUCAAACAAAUACUUACUCAAGUUCUGCAGGGUCUGGACUACCUUCACACUCAGUGUAAAAUCAUCCACACGGACAUCAAGCCAGAGAACAUCCUGCUGUGUCUGGAGGAGCAGUGCCAAAAAGUACCAGCAGGGGGAAGCAACUCCUCCUCUGUCUCUGUACUAACUGGGAAGGAAGCCAAGUCCACAGAAAAGGAGCAGAUGAACCCCUGCAGAUUAAAGGAAAAUACAGUGAAGAUCGCUGACCUGGGCAGCUCCUGCUGGGUGUACAAGCAUUUCUGUGAAGAGAUCCAGACCCGCCAGUAUCGCUCUCUAGAGGUUUUACUGGGAUCUGAGUAUGGCCCGCCUGCUGACAUCUGGAGCGUCGCCUGUAUGGCCUUUGAGUUGGUCACUGGAGACUCCUUGUUUGAACCCAAAGCCAGCGGGUCCCUCUCCCUGGAGGAAGACCAUAUAGCCCAGAUCAUGGAGCUGCUUGGUAAAAUCCCACCAGCUGUUGCUUUGUCUGGUAAAUACUCUGCAGAAUACUUCAAUCACAGAGGUGAUCUGCGACAUGUUGGACUGCUGAGGUUCUGGAGUCUCUAUGACGUUCUGGUGGAGAAAUACCACUUCCUGUUGGAGGAGGCCUCCGGAUUCUCAGACUUCCUUCUUUGCAUGUUGGAUUAUUAUCCGGAGAGGAGGGCCACUGCUGCACAAUGCCUCUGCCACCCUUGGCUGACCUCCUGAGAAAUUCCUAAAGGCCCUAUAGGCCUCAUCCCCAUCUGCAGUCCAAACAGACAUGGCUGACGUGGCCAAUUUCUGAACUUGCCAGCCACAAAAUCUGUGGGAUGCUAAAAAUCCACAGGGAAUCUUUGAAAUUUUAUACUAAAAGAAUCCAAAAGAGCUAUUUAGACAACAGUUUGUAUAUCUCACUCACUCUGUUUUGUAAGAUUUUUUGGAAUGUGUCAUGUUGUUCUUAUUCAACACCAGAUAGAGAACAGUCUUCUCUCCGCUGUUGCCCCUUUUUGCACUUUAUGCUGCAAAGGUGUUUCCUCACCUGUAGAUCUUUCCUAGGUUAGCAAGGUUGCUAGACUGCCCAACCUUUGAGCCUUAUUUGUACUGUAGCAGCUCUUUUGAAGAGAAUAUGAUUGUGUAUUGUCUAUUACACUCACAGGCCUGUCACUGCUAGCCAGUGUGAAGUUGUCAAUAUGAUGCUAACUCUGAGUGCAGCUUUUUUACACUAAGAUCGAAUGUGCAAUGGAAUGAGAGAAUACAAAAUGUAUACAUGAAAUGAACUUCCACACUGAAUGCUUUUCUUUUAACUUAUGUUUUGUACCAUUUAAUGAACAGCUUUAAAGAAUAAAACUGAUUAAUUGCAGU